AUACUUGAGAUUUCCUGAGCAAAACACGUCAUCUGUAUAAAAACAGUUAAAAAGGCAACAAUUAACUUUAUUUCGACAUACAAUCGAAUAUGAGACUAUUGAUAGGUUUUUGUUUAUUGACUGUAGCUCUUGGCCGUCAAGGUUUUGGGCCUACAGACCAAGAAUGGGGCUACGUUACUGUCAGGGAAGGAGCUCACAUGUUCUGGUGGCUACAUUACACUACAGCUACCACCAAACCUACAGAAAAACCUCUGAUUAUUUGGUUACAGGGUGGCCCAGGAGGUUCUGGAACAGAAUACGGAAACUUCGAAGAACUUGGUCCGUGGGACAGCGACCUGAAACCAAGAAAUAAUACAUGGGUCAAUCACGCAAAUAUUCUGUUUGUAGACAAUCCUGUAGGUACUGGAUUCAGUUAUGUGGAAAAUUCUGAAUUCGCAACAACCAACGAACAAAUUGCUAACGAUUUUGUGGUACUUAUGCAAGGAUUUUAUAAGCAGCUGCCUCAAUUUGAAGACGUACCGCUGUAUAUAUUUUCGGAAUCUUAUGGAGGAAAGAUGGCAGCAGAAAUUGCUCUUCAUUUAUAUCAAGCAACCAAAAAUGGUACUCUCAAAAGCAACGUCAGAGGAGUCGGACUGGGCGAUUCCUGGAUAUCGCCUGUAGAUUCGUGUCUCACCUGGGCACCAUAUUUGUAUAAUUUAGGAUUUUUGGAUACUCAACAAUACCAGCUUUUAGAUAAAGAGGCACAAGAUCUUAAACAGAUGGCUGAUACUGGGAAAUGGGCAGAGGCUAGUAGUCAAUGGGGAUAUUUAGAAGAGUUGGUCCAACUUUAUACGGCUUAUGCUGAUUUUUACAAUGUUUUAGAUAACAUUCCCGCAUAUGGUUCUCAUGUUAGAAAAUCCAAUAAAGUUCUUGGCAAACCAGUUCUCACUUAUGACGAAGACUAUUUGAUGAAUAAAUUAGUGAAACUUGCUCUAAAUCUGACUCAAGAUUGGGGCCAUCAGAAUGAGGCAGUUUUUGAGCACUUAGUCGAUGAUUUUAUGAAACCUGUGACUCACAUUGUUGAAAGAUUACUGAAUGAAACCGAUAUAACUGUUGCUGUGUAUAAUGGACAGCUAGAUUUGAUCGUUGAUACUCCAGGUACUGUCAACUGGGUUGAUAAAUUGAAUUUUAAAGGAGCUAAAAUUUGGACAACGACUGAAAAAGAGGCAUUUUCAGCGGAAGGUUUCUACGAAGGUUUCGGAAAAAAGGCUGGAAAUUUGGCUUUUUAUUGGGUACUUCGUUCUGGACAUAUGGUUCCUCUCGAUAAUCCCAACGCAAUGUUGUACAUUCUACAACAAGUAACUAAUAACUUUGAAGUGUAAAAAUUAUUGGUACCUAAUAUAACAAAUUUGUUUAUUUAUUUAUUUAUCUAUUUAUCUAUUUACUUAAAAAAGUACAUAAUAAUAAUAAAACAUUGCAUAGAAAUAACUAACAAGAAUAAUGAAUAACAUGAAUAAUAGAUAACAUUAAUUAAGACAUGUCACAAUUAAAAUAUUCAUCAAAACUAUA